AUGAGAUAUACACAGUCUCUGUCUUAUGGAACUUACAACACAGUUGUGAAGAGAGGUGGAUUCUCCACAGUUUUCCUGGUGCGGACUCAUGGUGGAAUCCGCUAUGCAUUGAAGCGAAUGUAUGUCAAUAACUUGCCUGACCUCAACAUUUGUAAAAGGGAAAUUAAAAUUAUGAAAGAGCUAUCUGGUCACAAAAAUAUUGUGGGUUAUUUGGAUUGUGCCAUUAAUUCAAUUAGUGAUAAUGUAUGGGAAGUACUUAUCUUAAUGGAAUAUUGUCGAGCUGGGCAGGUAGUGAAUCAGAUGAAUAAGAAGCUGCAGACAGGUUUUACGGAACCAGAAGUGUUACAGAUAUUCUGUGAUACCUGUGAAGCUGUUGCGAGGUUGCAUCAGUGUAAGACUCCAAUAAUUCACCGGGAUCUGAAGGUAGAAAAUAUUUUGUUGAAUGAUGGUGGAAACUAUGUACUUUGUGACUUUGGCAGUGCCACUAAUAAAUUUCUUAAUCCUCAAAAAGAUGGAGUGAAUAUAGUAGAAGAAGAAAUUAAAAAGUAUACAACUCUGUCAUACAGAGCCCCUGAAAUGAUCAACCUUUAUGGAGGGAAACCCAUCACCACCAAGGCUGAUAUCUGGGCACUGGGAUGUUUACUGUAUAAACUUUGUUUCUUCACUCUUCCUUUUGGUGAGAGUCAGGUUGCUAUCUGUGAUAGCAGCUUCACCAUCCCAGACAAUUCACGUUACUCCCAUAACAUCCAUUGCUUAAUAAGAUUCAUGCUUGAACCAGAUCCAGAGCGUAGACCUGAUAUAUUUCAAGUGUCCUAUUUUGCAUUUAAAUUUGCCAAAAAGGACUGUCCCAUCUCCAAUAUCAAUAAUUCUUCUAUUCCUUCAACUCUUCCUGAACCCAUGACUGCUAGUGAAGCAGCUUCUAGGAAAAGCCAAAUAAAAGCGAGAAUAACAGACUCCAUUGGACCAACAGAAACCUCAAUUGCACCAAGACAAAGACCAAAGGCCAACUCUACUACUGCCACCCCCAGUGUGCUGACCAUUCAGAGUUCAGCAACACCUGUUAAAGUCCCUUUGCUUGGGGAAUUCAGUAACCACAGAUCAAAAGCAGCACUGAGACCUGGAGUCAGCCCUGAGAAUUUACUGGGUCAGGGGCCUCCUCAGCAGCCUCCGCAGCAAAACAGAGUCCUUCAGCAACUACAGCAGGGAGACUGGAGACUGCAGCAACUUCAUUUACAGCCUCGCCAUCCUCAGCAGCAGCAGCAGCAGCAGCAGCAGCAGGAAGCUUAUAUGCAGCAGGUAGUUCCUUUGUUACUAGACGUGAAAGUAGUGCAGCGAUAUCAGCAGGCUUUCUUGCAGCAGCAAAUGCUAGCUCAACAUCAGCAGUCUCAACAACAGGCGUUAGCUCAACAUCAACAGUCUCAACAACAGGCGUCAUCUGAGUAUCUUACCUCCCCUCAAGAGUUUUCACCGGCCUUAGUUUCCUAUACUUCAUCUCUUCCAGCUCAGGUUGGAACCAUAAUGGACUCCUCUUAUAGUGCCAAUAGGUCAGUUGCUGAAAAAGAGGCAGUUGCAAAUAUUACAAAUCAGAAGAACUUCAGUAACCCACCUGAUAUGUCAGGGUGGAAUCCUUUUGGAGAGGAUAAUUUCUCCAAGUUAACAGAAGAAGAACUGUUGGACAGAGAAUUUGACCUUCUAAGAUCAAAUAGGCUCGAGGAGAGAGCAUCCUCAGAUAAGAAUGUAGAACCACUUUCUGCUCCACAUAACCAUCCUCCAGAAGAUCCUUUUGGUUCUGUUCCUUUCAUUUCUCACUCAGGUUCUCCUGAAAAGAAAAUCGAACAUUCAUCCACGAAUCAAGAAAAUAGCCCUGCAAGCCCUAUGAAGAGUAGAAAGACAAGUCUAAUGUCUAAAGACCACCGGGCUGGGAAGAAAACCUCAGAGAAUUCAUCCAUACAGGGUCAGGUGCAGAAGGGAAAUGACGAAUCUGAAAGUGAUUUUGAAUCGGAUCCCCCUUCUCCUAAGAGCAGUGAAGAGGAAGAGCAAGAAGAUGAAGAAGUUCUUCAGGGAGGACAAGAUUUCAACGAUGAUGAUACUGAACCGGAAAAUCUGGGUCAUAGGCCUCUUCUCAUGGACUCUGAAGAUGAGGAAGAGGAAGAGAAACACAGCUCUGAUUCUGAUGAUGAACAGGCCAAAGUCAAGUACAGUGCCGGGAGCCCUGCCUACAGAGACAAACCCAGUGGUGGACCAAUUCAAGAUCGGAAUGCAGCACUCCUCAGCUCACCCCAAGUGCCCUCUAAUGCAGGAGUGGAGACUCCCAAACAGGAGUUUGAUGUGUUUGGCGCUGUCCCCUUCUUUGCAGUGCGUGCUCAGCAGCCCCCACAAGGAGAGAAUGAGAAGAGCCUCCCUCAGCAGCCCUGUUUUCCUCCUGUAGGACUGGAGCACGAGGAAUUUGACGUCUUCACGAAGGCCCCCUUUAGCAAGAAGGUGAACGUCCAAGACGGUCAUGCAGCGGGGCCCGAAGCACAGACUCUCCCUGGUUGUCCCAAAAGUGUAGAUAUAUUUGGCUCUGCUCCGUUUCAGCCCUUUCCCACAUCCACAGGCAAAAGUGACAGCCACGAGGACCUUUUUGGCCUCGUGCCCUUUGAGGAAAUAACUGGGAGUCAGCAGCAAAAAGUCAAACAGCGUAGCUUACAGAAACUAUCUUCUCGCCAAAGGCGCACAAAGCAGGAUUCGUCCAAAAGUAACGGAAAGCGGCACCACGGCACGCCGACCAGCACGAAGAAGCUAGUGAAGCCCACCUACCGCACUCCAGAGAGGGCCCGCAGGCACAAAAAGGUGGGCCGCCGCGACUCUCAGAGCAGCAACGAGUUCCUGACCAUCUCAGACUCCAAGGAGAACAUUAGCAUCGCGCUGACUGACGGGAAGGACAGGGGGAAUGUCCUGCCUCCCGAGGAGAGUCUGUUGGACCCGUUUGGGGCCAAGCCCUUCCAUCCCCCAGACGUGCCAUGGCACCCUUCCCACCAGGGCCUGGGUGACAUCCGUGCUGACCACAACCCUGUACUGCCCGGGUGGCCAAGACCCAACUCACUCCAUGGGUCCUUUCAUAGUGCAGAUGCAUUGAAAAUGGAUGACUUUGGUGCCGUGCCCUUUACAGAACUUGUGGUGCAGAGCGUCACUUCACCUCAGGCCCAACAGCCCCAGUCCAUCGAAUUAGACCCAUUUGGUGCUGCUCCAUUUCCUUCUAAACAGUAGACACUUCUGAUGGACUCUUGGUGUUAACCCCUGUUUCAAAAAAGGAUGAAUAGUUUUAUGAAUUUGAGAGAAAAUUGAUUUGUAUAGCUCUUUUUUCUUUUAAAUUAAGGUUGGGAGCUGUUUGCACCUAAGGCAACCAAGAACUGCUUAAUUACAUCAAUGGUAGUUUGAGGCUCAGAAGAUUCCAUUGCUGUGCUAAUGUCUUGAUCAGUUGUGCGGUAGGCAGCAUUUAUUCCUUCAGCAUCUUUGUUAUCAAGAAUUCGUUUCUUUAUUGGUGUAGACAAUGCAGCAUCUAUCUCGUACUCAGGCGGGAAGAGGGAGCUGCUUUGGAAGCUCUGGCCCAGGGUUCCAGCUACUGACUUGGUGACAGCACUGAAAUCCAGGGGAUGCCUGUGGCCUGGCUCCAGAUGUGCGGGAGAACGUGUACCAGAAUGUCAUGUUUGUGUGCCCAUCCAGGCUCAUUCCAGAACCCAGCAUUAAAGCCAAGGCUAUCUGUACACACACAGGCUUCACUUGUGGAUUUUUUAAGGGUCCCUUCUAAUUUCCAACAGUAGAACAGAAUCCUGUCUUCACAAAGAAUCAGAAGUUUAUUUUCUGGGGAAUGCAGAGAUUUUAAUCCUUCUACCAUUCUCUACAAAGCAGAGCCAGAAAUAACUAUUGUGCCUAAAACUUUCAUUUUUAAAAACAAGUGCCAUUAAUAUGGAAUAUCUACGUUGAAGCCUAGAACAAAAACUUGAUACCUGAUGCGUGCAAAAUGUAAAAGAAAAAAUGAUAUAGAAGAGAGAAAAAACAGUACUUGAACAUUUAAUGUUCCGCUUUUGAAUGGCUUCUUGCUCAAAACUUUUGUUUUCACGUCCCUAAUAAAGAAGAUUAUUGGAAAAUGGUGUGAGGAGACAAGGAUUAUAUAGACUUUUUAUUUCAGAAAAAAAAGCUGUAGCUGAAACCCUGAGUUUUUAAAACGUUUACAAUGUAAAAUCAUGUAUAUAAUAAUGUACUUUAUUAAAUUACCACCUUCACCAAAUAUUCCCCAGGUCAAGAGCGACAGUUUUCUUUUGUUAGGUUUGGGGCGGGGGGAGAGGGAGAGGUUUGUAAUGAAGUGCACAGAACAGUGACAGCCCCAAGCCUUAUGGGCAGGACUCAGAUCCUGCUGCGAACCUCUACCCUCUGCGGGGUUGACCAUCUUACACUGGCUACAUAGUGGUAAAAGGUAUCAGGUGAUGAGGAACUGGUGUCUUAACUCUGCUAGUUGAUUGUGUCUUUAAUGAAAAGAACUUAGCUACCAAAUUGCCUUUUUUUUUUACGCCAUAAAUCCUAAUUAGAAACUUGAGAUUUUAUAGGAACUAAUAAGAUAGAAAUUAAAUAUAUGAAUUAAUGUGUCUUCAAGUAUUUUAAUUUAUAAUUGUCUCCUUCCCUAUCAAAUUAACAUGUAGAAGUUUCUGUGAAAGCUAUUCACAGAAAGGGUGGAAACUCUUGUCAACUGGCACUCUCCUUGAUUGCUAUAUUUUAAAUUCUCUUUGGACCCAGUUAAAGUGUAUUUUAUGAGUAAUCUUAUUAGAAUCUCUUAAUGAUAGUGUCCCAGUUGGGAUGAGCUAUUUGCUUGUUUUCACAGUUCUAAACUCGGGAAGCAGCAGAGUAUAUGUAACUAGACCAUAUAUUCAUUUUUAUUGCCUCUUUUUAAAAAAAAAAAAAAAACAGAAGCAAAUUUGUGGACUGAUAGGGAAGCAAUAUGUGAAUCACAGCAGAGGCAGAUCAAGCAUCACAUUACUGCUUAAGAGCUGCACUUUGGAGCCCAACUGUACCAAUACUUGUCCUGUGUGUGCCAAAGGCAAAUAUGUUUGCACCUUUUUUUCUUUCUGAUUCUCAGGUUGAGUAAUACUGCUAAUCCAAAUGUCUAAGUAGAUGUUCUUUAAAACUUUACAAAGUAGAUUCACGGGAUACUUUAUUUUAAAAGCGAGGAGUUGAUGAUUACAUAUAAUAAAUUCAUGAACUACCGUAGGUUUGUAUCAAACAGAAGAAAUUUUUUAAAAUGAAAAUCUGUUGGUUGAUGUAUACCCAGUGUGCUUCUUUGACUGUUUUAGCCCUCGGCCUUGGUCUCUGCUAGACCUCAGGAGUUCUGAUUUAGAAGGGGCAGUGGAUGAAUUAGUGUGGUCUCCAUGGGAUGUAAACAUGAAAUUCUAGUCUCUCCCUGAUACUAAGGCCUUGCUUACAUUUGCUUUUCAUGAAGCCCAGCUGAGGUGGCUCAGUGGUUGAGUGUUGAUCUAUGAACCAGGAGGUCAUGGUUUGAUUCCUGGGCAGGGCACAUGCCCAGGAUUGUGUAUCAAUACAAUGAAUAUUUUUAAGUGACUUGGACUCUGGGUUAUAAUGUGGAUAAAUUCUAAAGAAACAAUUUUGACAUUGUUUAAAAUAUUUACAUUUUUAAGUUUCUUAUGUUACAGCUCAGUGACUUUCCUCUACAGAUUAUAAUUCAGAGGAAACACGUAGGGAUUCGAUGGGGGACCCCGUGGGCUAGAAACGGGGAGUGCUUUUUUGGAGGAGUAGAGGCGUUUCCUCCGCACUACAGGAUGAGGGUUGCUUUCCAUGUUCAGUCAUCUCCUCCCACUGCUGUUAGGAUGUACACACAGCUCCAGACAGCUGAUACCCAGCUCAUUCCCUUGUGAGAACUACGAAAAUAAAGCUCCCAAAGCAUGUGAAAAGGUUUGACACACACUUGGCACGCAGCACGCAGUGGAAGUUCGGCUCUAUUGUGGGUGGUCCAAUUCUGGUUUAGGGAAGGAAAGUUGAAAUUAUAUUCCUAUUAAUCAGGUGUGUGUUGUGCUGUAGCAUGUUAGUUAUAACUCUAAACCUGUAAUACUUGAACAAACAUCACUAAGGGAAGUAAAAUAUGAAGCUAGCAAAAAUCUGAGGCCAAAGUUAUUUCUGCCCUAACAGCUUUAAUCAUGCUUGUUGAUUUUGAAUAAUUUUUCUAAAAGUGGACCAUUUGCUUAAUUAUUUUAAUAGUAUCACUUCAAAGAAUGUAUCUGUUAAGACGCUAACGUUGCUUGGUAUAAAUGUUGGGUGGAAGAGGAAAGGUUGUAGGCUGGAUGAAAGUUUAACUGACUAGAAUAUUUAUGCAAAAGGAUCAGUCUGGGAAAUGGUGUAAUUGUUCCACUGACCCAACCGUGUGUGUGUGUGUGUGUGUGUGUGUGUGUGUGUGUGUGUGUGUGUGUAUUUGGGCAGAGUUACAACAUUAUUCGGGACUGUAGAUAAAUGUUCCCUUUGACCCUACCCUGCUUAUUGUUUAACAGUGAUGAGUCUUGUCCUCAUCUUGCUGGUGGAAAAUACCAAGUUGAGCCCCCUCUUCUGCUCUGAUAUUCACCAGGCAGGGCAGUUUUCACUACUCAGCUGCUCUGCUUGGUAAUACCAAGUUGAGCCCCCUCUUCUGCUCUGAUAUUCACCAGGCAGGGCAGUUUUCACUACUCAGCUGCUCUGCUUGGUCCUCUUAGGUUGUGGUACUUCAUAUAAGCACUGCUAGAAGGUACAUGUGUAUUGGUAUCACUAGUCCUGAGGAGUUUGGGUACAUUCAUUUUCAUAUAUAUAGAACGUGCAGUACACCUUUUUUUUCUAUUCUUUUUAAGCAAAAUUACUCAUCAUUUUAGGUUCAAUCUUGAGCUGAGAGAUUUACUGUGAGAAUGAGAUGGCAUACUUACUGUGAGAAUAACAUAAAUGAUAGUUUAUUUGAAAACUUUUAUACACACUGGUGUUUAUAUAUUAAGAGAAAUAUGUAAACACACAUGCACAUGUCUCUUCAGUAGAGUUAAUGUGAAUAUAUCAAUUUUAAAUGGAAUUGCAACCACAAUCAUUACUAAAAGAACUUUCACUCCUAGUGAGGGUUUACAAAAGCCACUAAAAGAAUACGGUAGACAGAGGAAAAUGCAAUGGGUCAUCAUUUGGGGUGAUUUUUAUUUAAAAACUGAUAGUUCUAUUUUUGAAAAAAAUAGUUUUUAUUCCUAGCUCUUUUUGUGAUUGAAAGUCAUCUAUAGUAAGCAGUAUGGUAAUGAACUACUUUUUAAUUGCUGGCAAACAGCUUUAAGUGCACUUUCUUUGAUUACAUUUCCAUUUUUUUUGUUAAACUUGAAUUUUCUGAAGCCUUUUAUGUACCACUAAGCAAAUAACUUUUAUUAAGCCUGAUUUACAUCUUUAUUAUAUUUCUAAUAGUUACAAAAUGUACUUUCUAUGGUAACUUCAAAUAUAGCUGGGAAACUGUUAUGAGAUAGUACCAGUUGCUUUUAUUUUCUCCCUUUAUCUUAUUAAGCACUAACUGAUUUUACUACUUUGUCUUGACAUUGCUUAUUCUUAUCGACUGAAUUUCUGUCCCCCAUUCACUUUGUUUUGUUUGAAAUUUAAAGUUAUUUUCUUAUUGUAUUUAUCAUACCUGUUUUAAUAAUCUGCUUUCUUUAAAUGCAAUAAAUCUCAAAUGGAUUGCAUAUUCUUUAUAA